GAAGGGUGUUUCUCCAUCUAUGACAUCGAUGAGGACGGCUUUAUCACCACCGAAGAGAUGGGAAACGUAAUCAAAGCCAUAUUCAGGCGGCGCGGCCUAAGGCUCGACAUUGAAUCCAAAGUUCAAGAGAUUUUUAACCGAAUGGAUGUCAAUAAGGACGGAGUGCUCAGUAAAGAGGAGUUCAUCCGUGGCUUCAAAACAGAUCCACAAAUACUAAGUGCUUUAGUGGCCGAACAGUGCUCUACGACUACUGACCAAACCGUUAGGAAUAAUAAUAACGAUAGAAAUUCGCUGACAAAAUGAAAAUACAGAAUAUUCUGUAAACAACUUAUUAUAAAACAACACUAAUUCUUAUGAAUACUUUCAACAAAAUAAUAAUAACUUUUUAUGUUUAAUUAAAUUCUCAAUUAAUA